AUGAGUUAAGAAGAAGAAAAUAAUGAUAUUGAUGUUCAAGCUUUGUUAGCUAGCAUUAAUGCCAAUUUCGACAAUGAGCAAAUUACUUAAUGAAGCAGAAACCUAAGCAAAGCAUAAGAAGUGCAUUAGGAUAUUGAAAAAUUGUAAUAAGGUCCUAGCGAAUCCAUUGUAAUUGUUAGAGAUCAUCCAAUUUAAAAUAGAUAGGAAUUAGUUGAUCCAGUAAUGGAAUUAUUGAAUAGAGUUGAAAUUCAAAAUAAAUUAUUGACCGAUCCUGAAAUUAAUUAGCAUCAAUUAGGUAAUAUUCUAUAUUGAUUAAAAGAGACUGGUCCAUUACAAUCCAUCAUUUAGUAAAUAAAGGAGAAAUCUGAUAAACAGCAAGAAACUAUCAUUAACAAACAAAGAAGCAUAUUUUGUCAAAUUAUCGAUAUAAGAAAUUUGUCAAAUUAAUUAGUUAAUGUUUAAAUUAACAAUCAUGGAUUAAUGAGAAUGAAAUUGAAUGACUUUAAAAACAAACAAAAAGCAAUAGAUUAGUUAGAUGUUUAAGUUUAUAAGACUAAAGGAUAUGUCUUAUCUAUUAUUGAAAGAUUGGAAAUUGUGCAACAGAAUUUAGAUUACAAGAUAGAUGCGUAUACUAAAUAGAAGGUGCAGUAACUAGCAAUAAAAUGA